CUCCGCUCAGCGAGGAGAUGCUGCCUCCGGGGGAGUGGAUGUGUCACCGCUGCACCGUGCGCCGCAAGAAGCGAGAACAGAAGAAAGAGCUGGGGCAGGUAAAUGGAUUGGUGGACAAAUCUGGGAAAAGGACCACCUCCCCCACCAGUGACGCAGACCUGUUGGACAGGUCUAGCAGCAGCAUCAGGGCUAAUGCGCAUGCCAGGAUCUUGGAAAGGAGAGCGAGCCGGCCUGGCACUCCCACAUCCAAUGCCAGCACCGAGACCCCCAACUCAGAGCAGAAUGAUGUCGAUGAGGACAUAAUUGACGUGGAUGAUGACUCUGCCAUUGCAGAAAUGGACUGUGGGCAGCCCCAGCUGAAGCGACCCUUUGAGCUUCUUAUUGCUGCUGCCAUGGAAAGGAACCCAACGCAGUUCCAGUUGCCGAACGAACUGACCUGCACCACAGCACUUCCAGGUACUAGUAAGAGGAGGAGAAAGGAAGAAACCACAGGAAAGAAUGUCAAGAAAGCACAACACGAAUUAGACCACAAUGGUUUGGUUCCCUUGCCAGUGAAAGUCUGCUUCACAUGCAACAGGAGUUGCAGAGUGGCACCUCUAAUCCAGUGUGAUUAUUGCCCACUCCUGUUCCACAUGGAUUGUCUGGAGCCACCGCUUACUGCCAUGCCUCUGGGUAGAUGGAUGUGCCCAAAUCACAUAGAACAUGUGGUGCUGAACCAGAAGAACUUGACCCUGAGUAAUCGGUGCCGAGUAUUUGACCGGUUCCAGGACACCAUAUCCCAGCACAUUGUCAAAGUGGAUUUCUUAAACCGAAUCCAUAAGAAACACCCUCCGAAUCGCAGAGUUCUACAAUCAGUAAAGAGGAAAGGUUUGAAGGUUCCUGAUGCUAUAAAGUCCCAGUACCGGCUUCCACCCCCGUUACUUGCGCCUGCAGCAAUUAGAGAUGGCGAGCUGAUCUGUAACGGGAUCCCUGAGGAACCCUUGCAGAAGCACCUUUUGAACACUGAGCACUUAGCCAGCCAGACAGAACAACAGGAGUGGCUCUGUAGUGUUGUUGCUCUCCAAUGCAGCAUAUUGAAACAUUUAUCUGCUAAGCAGAUGACUUCGCUUUGGGACUCUGAGCACACAGAGAAGGCUGAUAUUAAGCCUGUUAUUGUGGCAGACGGCUCACUCGCCAACCCUUACCAGGCAGCUGACAAGGCACCCACACCUUCCCUCUAUUCCAUGUCAUCCUGCACCUCAGGGAUUACCACACAGAAUUCCUUGAGCUCCUCACAAUCCCAGCAGACUUUGUCACAGGAAGAUGUCAGCUGCAGCUCUUGUAUAGAUAAAUCCAAGAAGGUGUCUUCUUGCGGGACUUCGAACGGGCCGACGGCCUCUGACAUCAAGGUGAACGGCCCUCAUUUCUACGGCGUUUCAUCCGAGCCCUCAGCACAGUUGACUGACUCCCAGAGGCUAAUUGGAUCUGGGAACACUCUCCCUGUUUUGUCUCAUCGGCAAACGUGGCCUCGGCCCCUCACGCCCCCAGCGACUUGUGGACUUCUGAAUCACACCAUUGGAACCAUUGUCAAAACAGAGAACGUAGCAGGGCCCGUUUCUUGUGCACAAAGGGGUUCUGUGCCUGUCACGAGUCUGCCCACGUCCAUAUCGAGCUCCUGUGCCAGCCUGGAGACCACCAGCACUUUGCAAAGAAAGAAUGUGCAGACACAGAUCGGGCCACCGCUGACAGCAGAGCUGCGACCCAUGGGCUCCCCUCUGACUGCCACCAGGGCCCUCACCCCUCCGCAGGCUGCAGGAGAUGGCAUCUCUGCUGUUGGGUCCACAAACAGAUUCUGUUCACCAGCACCACCUUCAGAUGGUAAGGUCAGUCCCAGCACCUUAUCCAUAGGAAGCGCUUUGACGCUGCCCUCAUCGCUCACGUCGAACUCUGCAGCCAUGUUGGACCUCACCAGUUCCCUGAAAGCAUUUAUGGAUGGUGAGAUUGAGAUAAAUAUGCUGGAUGAGCAGCUGAUCAAGUUUCUGGCCUUGCAGAGAAUACAUCAGCUCUUUCCUUCCAAAGCUCAGUCUCUAGUGAGCAGUGUCAGUUCCCAUCAGCAAUCUCCUAUGGGAAACCACAUUGAAGGGCAAAGGAAGGAGGUGCAGGCCCGGGCAGUGUUCUACCCUCUGAUGGGCUUAGGGGGUGCAGUCAACAUGUGCUACCGAACUCUCUACAUUGGGACAGGAGCUGAUAUGGAUGUGUGCCUUACAAGCUAUGGUCACUGUAACUACGUGUCUGGCAAGCAUGCCUGCAUAUUCUACGAUGAGAAUACGAAACAUUACGAGCUGUUGAACUACAGUGAGCAUGGGACGACCGUGGACAACGUUCUGUAUUCGUGUGACUUCUCAGAGAAGAUGACUCCCACUCCUCCCAGCAGUAUUGUUGCCAAAGUGCGGAGUGUGAUAAAACGACAUAAAAUCAGAAAACAAGAAGAGGAGCCUCAUGAAGAAGCCGCUGUGAUGAACUCCCAGGCACAAGGGCAGCAUCGGAAACCCUGUAACUGCAAAGCCAGCAGCUCCAGCUUAAUUGGGGGCAGUGGGGCUGGCUGGGAGGGGACAGCCCUGCUCCACCACGGCAGUUACAUCAAGCUGGGCUGCCUGCAGUUUGUUUUCAGCAUUACUGAAUUUGCGACCAAACAGCCCAAGGGGGACACUGCCUUAGUACAAGACAUGGACUUGGAGGAGAAGCUUUCUCUGAAACCCCACCAGGUGCCCGUGCUGCGGUCCAACUCCGUUCCUUAGGAAUUUUAGGAAGAGAGCUUUG